ACUCUUGUCACGAGUUUGCUUAUGAUUGUUAGUCAUGGGGAAGAAGUGCUCGCAGUAGAUCUCCAGUUAUCAGCUUUUGGAUGUAAGUGUGUUUAAUUUUGAAAGUGGACACUACCUGUCGCGGACAUGGCCAACAUCGCGAAGAAAGUGUCAUGGUCGAGCCGAGGCGACGAUCGCGGAGAGAGAACUCCACUGUUGAACGGAGCCGAGGACGUUAAAUACACAAGACAGUUCUCCGGAGGCACUAAAUUUUAUAUAGGCAGGCUGAGCACUGUGGAUCUUGAAGAGGAGAUCACAACCGAAGAGGACAUUGUGAGGAGUCGGCCGAAGGAAAUCCCUCACAACGAAAAGCUGCUCUCCCUCAAAUAUGAGAGUCUUGAUUAUGAUAACAGUGAAAAUCAGUUGUUUUUGGAGGAAGAAAGACGGAUGAGUCAAAUGAGCUUCAGUUGUCUGGAGAUCACGAGAUGGGUGAUCUGUGGUCUUAUUGGAUUCCUCACUGGUCUAAUCGCGUGCUUCAUAGACAUUGCUGUGGAGAACCUUGCUGGGGUUAAGUACUUUGUGGUCAAACAGAACAUAGAGAAAUUCACAGAGCUGGGAGGCCUGUCCAUCUCUCUGAUACUGUGGGCAGUGUUAAACUCUGCUUUCGUGAUGGUCGGUGGCAUCAUUGUUGCUUUUUUUGAGCCCAUCGCUGCAGGUAGUGGAAUCCCUCAGAUAAAAUGCUACCUUAAUGGAGUGAAGAUCCCUCGUGUUGUUCGGCUAAAGACUUUGGUGAUUAAGGUCUGUGGUGUGAUCUGCUCGGUCGCUGGAGGUCUCGCCGUAGGAAAGGAAGGGCCCAUGAUUCACUCAGGAGCAGUGGUGGCCGCUGGAGUGUCUCAGGGCCGAAGCACUUCACUGAAGAGAGACUUUAAGAUUUUUGAGUAUUUCCGCAGAGACACAGAGAAGAGAGAUUUUGUCUCAGCGGGAGCAGCAGCUGGAGUCUCUGCUGCCUUUGGAGCCCCUGUUGGUGGGGUUCUGUUCAGUUUAGAGGAAGGAGCUUCGUUCUGGAACCAAAUGUUGACCUGGAGAAUUUUCUUUGCUUCGAUGAUCUCCACCUUCACACUGAACUUUUUCCUAAGUAUUUACCAUGGGAAGCCUGGAGACCUCUCCAGCCCUGGUCUCAUUAACUUUGGCCGCUUUGACAGUGAUACCAUGGGGUAUAAUUUAUAUGAAAUUCCUCUCUUCAUUAUCAUGGGAGCUUUAGGAGGUUUGCUUGGAGCGCUGUUCAAUCUACUCAAUUACUGGCUAACGAUUUUCAGAAUAAGGUACAUCCACCGGCCGUGUCUACAGGUGAUGGAGGCCAUGCUGGUCGCCGCGGUCACAGCCACAGUUUCUUUUGCUAUGAUCUAUUUCUCUAAUGACUGCCAGCCGUUGGGAGAGGACCACACUGAGGAAUAUCCUCUACAGCUCUUCUGUGCUGAUGGUGAAUAUAACACCAUGGCAACAGCUUUCUUCAACACACCCGAACGGAGUGUGAGGAGUCUGUUCCAUAACCCUCCAGGCUCUUACAACCCCCAGACCCUGGGACUCUUCACUCUGGUCUAUUUUUUCCUGGCUGUCUGGACGUAUGGCCUGACUGUGUCAGCAGGAGUGUUCAUCCCCUCUUUGCUGAUUGGAGCGGCAUGGGGUAGACUCUUCGGAAUCCUCCUGUCCAGCAUUACCUCCAGCCAAUCAAUUUGGGCGGAUCCUGGGAAGUAUGCUCUGAUAGGUGCUGCGGCCCAGCUUGGUGGCAUUGUUAGAAUGACCCUCAGUCUCACCGUAAUCAUGGUAGAAGCCACUGGUAACGUGACCUACGGCUUCCCCAUAAUGCUUGUGCUGAUUACUGCCAAGAUUGUUGGGGAUUACUUUGUAGAGGGCCUGUAUGAUAUCCACAUUAAGCUGCAAAGUGUUCCUUUCCUUCACUGGGAGGCUCCUGCUACUUCUCAUUGGCUGACGGCCAGGGAGGUCAUGAGCUCUCCAGUCACCUGCUUCAACAGAGUGGAGAAGGUUGGCACCAUAGUGGAUGUUCUUAGCAACAUAUCCACCAAUCACAAUGGCUUCCCAGUGGUUGUCCAUACAAUUGAGGAAGAUGAGCCAGGCAAAAUCUGUGGCCUUAUUCUCCGCUCUCAGAUCAUUGUUCUCCUCAAGCAUAAGGUGUUUGUAGAGAGGGCAUCUUCACGUCUCAGCCAGAGGAAGCUAGCGCUGAAGGACUUCAGAGAUGCAUAUCCGCGCUUUCCCCCCAUCCAGUCCAUUCACGUCUCUCAGGACGAGAGAGAGUGUAUGAUGGACCUGACAGAGUUCAUGAACCCAACCCCUUACACUGUGCCUCAGGAGACUUCACUCCCCCGGGUGUUUAAGUUGUUUCGGGCAUUGGGACUGAGGCAUCUGGUUGUGGUUGAUAAUGAGAACAGGGUUGUGGGUCUGGUGACCAGGAAGGAUCUUGCACGGUAUCACCUGGGUAAACACGGCCUGGAGGAGCUUCAACUGGCUCAGACGUGAUUGGUCAUCAUGUGCGGCUUGUACCCUGCCUUCAGACCACCAGCUUUGGACCUCAAUAACUUUAAGGGCUGGGUAGAGUCUCCCUUGUGUCAAAGAUGUCAAACACAAACCUGCAACCUUCAGAACAUUUGUUUUCACGUUCAGUAUUUUAAAGGCUCGGUUCUUUGAAAAACACAUUUUUGCUCCUUUUUCAUGAAGUCUGCAUUUAUUUUUGCCUCUAGAAGUACAGCAGAACAGCACAUCAUGUUGUAUGAUUAGUUUUACACUAUGUGAGUGUGUAUUUAUUAUAUUUUAGAGCAGGUGAGCUGUUUGGGAGGCCUCACUUUGCUUGCCUUUCCAAAAGCCUCAUUCUGUGUCACUUUUCAUGUUCAUUAUGGCUAGUUACUAUGUGAGAUUCAUGUCAGUAUGUAUUGUCAUUCCAAUGACAAUGUACAUUGACAUAACAACGUGUUUCAAUCUUUUUUCAUUGUCAGUGUAGUGUCUGCAGUGAUACAAACAGGAUUGUGCCAUGUAUGGUAACAACAAUUCCUGCACAAUAUGAAUUAUUGGAACUUAAUGCUUAAAAUAAGGUUUAGUAAAGUACUGUUAGCUCAAUGUAAGCAAUUCGUCAUGAAAAAUUCAGAGAUGCAAAUUGUUUUUGUGUGCUUAGUGUUGUUUAGGAUUUUUUAAUUUUCCUUUGUUUUCAGUUGAUUUAGUAAUUUAACUUGUAUCAAACAUGUUAGGGUAGGUCAGACCCUAAGAUGAAAUAAUAAAUCCUAUUUUCACAUGCCACUUCCUGGCUUUACAUGUUGGAAAAGUUUGGUAUGAGUUUAAAACUAGCUGCAGGUUUUAUAUAGUAAGUUUCCUGAGCUGAGUUUUUUUAGAGAAUGUGUCUAAGGAAUGUGAAUUUAUUGUCUUGAGCUGAAUUUGUUUUCUGUGAAAAUCUGUAUUUUAAAUAUGUAUUUCACAGUAUUGCACAGUGAAGAUGAUUAUGCUAAAAAAAAAAAAUUGCCUAGCACUGACUGCAAGAAUCGGUCUUUAACAUAAGACUAAACUUUAAACUUUAAAUAGAAAUAUUUUGUUCAUCCUUUAGUCUGUCAUUAAAAGCCAACAUUUUUUGGUUUUAUCAGUAAUCUUCCUCUGCUGAUCUCUACUUUUUAUAUGGUUGUUGAUUUAAAGUAAAAAAAAAAAUUAUGAAUUUUAAAAACAUUUGCACUAUUUUUUGAACUAAUAAAGCUAUUUUGAAGAUCA